AUGGUCCUCUUCAGCCUGAACGCUGGCCUCGCGGUCAGCCUUCUGGGCGCUUUGUCGUCGUACCCAUCCGGGGCGAUCUCAGCAGCUCUCCCUCAAGGGGAAAGCUCGCCGAUCGAGUCCGACAGUGCCAACAACACCUGGUACCAUCUGCAGUCCUUCGGAGUUAACCAAAAAUACCACAAGAGCACGCCCAGCUUCGUUUCGUUCACCGGCAACGACGGCUAUCUCACCGAGUCAAAGUCCGACGCCGCCCGGUUCUGGAUAUGGGGAGGACAACUCGGGGUGGACGACAAAUUUGUGCAUCUGGACUUCAGCAACGGGUAUGCGGUGGUCAAGCUCGACGAGCGUCCCAGCGAGGAGGACUACGGCUUCUUCCACGGUGAGGACGGCUGGCUCCACGUCCAGGGUGGAGGCAUCUCUUACGGCGAGGGCAGCCAAGCGGUCUUUUGCCAGAGUGACGAUGGAUCAAUCUUCCUGCAGGGCCAUGGAAAGCCCCCCUUUGCUUGUCAAGACAUUGGUUUGGCACCAAGGCAGCGAGCUGGUCCCGCACCCAGAUCACUACCACCGCGUCCAGGCAAAUCCGGUGCUCAACGUUCGCCUUCUCCGAUCCCAACAGCAACCUCGACCGUUGUGCCUCGAAGUGUACCUGAAUGGUGGAAACGUCAAGUAGGUGGUGGCCGCGGAGGUGGCGGCGGUGGUCGCGGCGGCGGUGGUGGUGGCCGUGGCGGUGGCGGUGGUGGUCGUGGUGGCGGUGGUGGUGGCCGAGGAGGUGGUGGUGGCGGCCGUGGAGGCGGCGGUGGUGGCCGUGGUGGUGGUGGAUUUGGUGGUGGUGGCUUUGGCGGUGGCCGUGGCCGACCAGGUACAGGUGUCGGACCUGUCCAACCUAACCCAUCCAGCGACAACGACGCCGUGGUGGUGGUGAAGCGAUCCUUCGAAUUCGACGGCGACGGCGAAAUUGUGGAAUAG